CACUUAUUUCCCCGAUACGAAUUUAAAACAAGCAAGCAACAACAAAAGGUUUUAAAUAUUUAAAUAAUUCAUAAGUAUGGGAGACGUCAUGUUGAAAAAGUGAAAAUCAGCACAGUAGAGAAAAAGCCUAUCUUUCUGCAGCUGGCAUUCAAAGGUGAUGAUACUGCCAGUAGAAUAAGAUGCAGACUGAACGCUGCUAUGAAAAGAACAUAUCCAGCCGCCAAGCUUGUAUGUGUUUAUCAAACAACUAGUUGUUUGAGACAAUCAAAAGUGGACAAAUACCCACCUCAUGUUACCUCCAACUGUGUUUACCAAUUUACAUGUACGUGCCAAAGCACCUACAUCGGAAGAACAGAGAGAAGUGUUAUUGUCCGCAUUUCUGAACACAUACCAAAGAACCUGAGACUGAAAGGUCCACAAGUAUUAAACAGUGCAAUUACGCGUCAUCUAUUAGACACUGGUCAUAAUGUAGACAACUUGAAGUCAUUCAAAAUAAUCAACAAGCAAAAGAAACCUAACUUGCUACGCUUUGCUGAAGCAAUUGCUAUCAGACGACUUAAACCAAAUCUAUGUACUCAGAAAGAGACGGUGGUGAAUCUUGCACUGCCUUGGUGAGAAAAUAUAUACAACAGCUUGUUUGUUUUUGUUUCCAAGCCUAAUUGCCUAAUUAUUCUAUAAAUAUUUAUAAACUGUCAAAUAUUGAUCACAAUUCAUUUGAAUUAUUCUAUAAAUAGUCAGUUGUUUGUAACUAGUUAAAUCAUUCCGGACUAAUGUUACUUUUAC